CAAGUACCACCACCGUAUCCUCGUCAUUCACAUUGCAUUCAUCCUCUGCUCCUGUUGCAGAUCCCUUCAGUGCACAGAGUUCUUCAGGAUCAACGACGAAAUGACGCCGACCGAUGAGACCGUGGCCGGGCAGGCCAGUGUUCAGGACAAUUCCUCCGAGAAUGACUACAUCAAUGUCGACGAAUUGAUCCUCGUGCCUCCACAACAGAUCAUCCAACGUGAUGAAUAGUGAGAAAGACAUGUGCUGGAAGCUGGUCGAACCGAAGCUAGAAUUGAAGAGCAACGAUCAGCUUCAGCCGCACGUAUUACUAGUGCGCAGAGUCUUCGACAAGAACAUGAAUCCGACACACACAGAAGUCGAUGUGAAUGGACCUGUUCUUCGGGGCACUCUCAUCAACAUUUUCCGCGAUAGUCCAGGAUUCCCACUGACGGCCAGGAAGCGUACCCUGAAGCCCGAAUGGUUCUUCUGGGCGCUGAACGAUCUCCAAAAUGUUGCAGCACACUGCCGAGAUGUUGGGGAUGACGGCCUCUUCGAGAUCGAAGCUGGUUUGCUAUUCAUCGCACAACAUCACCCCAUCAUACUCGCAGAGCUUAGCCAGCUCUCGAUCACAACGAUGAUCUCGUAUCAUGAAUUGUGGGCCAUAUAUGCGCCUAACACACUCAUCUACGGCAAAGAUCCCCUUGAGCAAGAACGUGUAUGGCGUGUCAUCAAAGCUGCCAGCGAAUGUAAACAAGACGGCCAACGAGAAUUCAGAAUCGAAGCGGAAUAUUCUGAGGCGGAUGGCUACAAUGUUGGCUUGGUCUCUACGAUUCUGACGAUGCCGGUCUAUGAGGGCAGUGUGUCGAUCAGUACACUUGCUUACAGGCCUUUGCACUUACUGCCGCAACGUGAACAGAUCUGGAAUGCACUUCUGGCGAGAGCGGACAAGCAGCUGUCGUUCUUGCGGUCCUCUUGCAAGAUCCAGGAGCAUGAGGGCGAAGGCGUGGUUUUUGGUACCCCAGACACAACCUCCUGGGAGCAGAAAGAACCGCGGCGCUUUUAUUUCCGUGGACGUGUCAUGAUUGAUCCAGUCAAGUACAGAGCUGUGGAACAAGCGCCACUGAUACCUCAGAUAUCCCGCUUCCGCGAGUUUUCCCAUGAAGCAAUCUCGAUGGUCAACCCAGAUGGUAGAGCGGCCCGUCUAGGCAGCGAACUACUUCCAAGAAAAGCUGCCAUCGAUGCAGAAGACAUUCAAAGCCCUAUUCAAGAGGAUCCCGACCUUAUAUUCGAUCCAUUCGCUAGCCUGAGCCUCCCUCCGCCGCCGCCACCACCAUUCCUCAACUUCCACACUGGCGACCUCCAAAGCAGCAAUCAACCCCUCAGCGAGCAAGAACUCGAAGCCAUCCUGUCCUCUCUACGAGAUACAGACAAAACACUCUUCUCCGGCCUCCUCUUUGGCUUCAGUCUCACCGAUGCCCGCUGGGCGGCCUUCUCCACAUCAGACGUCUCCAACAUAACCUGGAGAAAAGACAUGCUCUCCUCCCUCGUCAUCUCCGCUCCCGUCCUAACUUCCAUGCGUCAAUUGAUCCAAUCCCACAGCUCCCGCGCUCCAUUCGACGAUUUCGUCCCCGGAAAAGGUCAAGGUCUUAUCGGUCUCUUCUCAGGCCAGCCAGGAUUAGGGAAGACUUUCACGGCCGAAGCGAUCGCGGAGACAGCUGAGAAACCAUUGUAUUCCAUCUCUUCUGGUGCUUUGGGUUCUGCUGCGAGUGAUAUCAACACCAAUCUCCGCCAAAUCAUGAAUCUUUGCGCGCAUUGGCAGGCUGUUCUAUUGCUUGAUGAAGCGGAUGUUUUUCUUGCAAAGAGAAACAUCUAUGAUUUGGAACGGAAUGCCAUUGUUAGUGUGUUUUUGAGAGAAUUGGAGUAUUAUCCGGGCAUCAUGAUCUUGACGACGAAUCAGCCGGAGAUUAUUGAUGCGGCUUUUCAAAGCCGCAUUCACUUUUGCUACCGCUACCCAGCACUCGACUGGCGAGCUCGCCGGCAAGUCUGGCUGCAAUUCAUUGAGAAAGCUGAAAUCUCGUUGGGUGCUGACAGAGUGAACGUCGAUGGCGCUGGUUUGAGUGAGCUUGCGGAUUUGGACUAUAAUGGACGACAGAUCAAGAAUGCUGUCAGCAUUGCUAUGACUUUGGCUGGAGGUAAGGAGGGAAAGGUUCUGAGUACGGACAGUAUUUUGGAGGUUGCAAGGACUUUGCAGGCGUUUGACUUUAGCGCGCCCGGGACUGAGAGUGAUGUUGAUGAUUGA